AUGUUCGAUCCGCAGAGAGCAGUUUGGUUCGUGAUGCCCCAGUGGGCUUUUCGGUAUACCUAUAACAUUUGUGAUCGGACGGCCAGCUGGUUCGUCCUGCCGGCAGACAAGACGUUCCGGAGCGUCGUCCUCAAUACCGUCCAGGGGAAAGUGUACUUCUUCACGAGUGACAAGGCGAACCCCGUCUACACGAGCUCCACGUGGCUGAGGCAAGCCAAAACCACUGUAACUUUACGGAACUGGACCAAAGCGGGUCUCGAAAUGACUUCAGGACUGCACUGGCAGCUACUCAGUAGUUCUACAGUCACGUCAAGUGUGCUGGCUCGUAGAACCUCGGCGGGGACUAACUUGACGUGUUACACCGGCGCCUUCUCGACAACAACGGACCUCGGAUUGCUUGUCCACGACUCGACGGCCAAUGGCGUUGGGCUCAUGUCGGUUUCGGGAAUCGGUUUGCCCUCCCCCGACCACCCCCUCCUACAACUCAAUCCCCCCCGACCAGGCCCCUCCAUUUCAGCCCCCAACCGAAUUAUCUCCCCCAAUUCUCCGUCCCCCCCCGACCCGGCUCCUCCUGUUCAGCCCCCUCCGGACCAGGGCCCCCCAGGGGAACAGCCAUUGCCGAAGCAACCGCCGCCAGGGGCGCUACCUGCCGACCAGCCUCCCCCGGUCUCUUUUCCACCACCCGAGCAACCUCCUCCAAACGAACCCCCUCCAGUUGACCCGAACCCCCCUUCCCCGGUUACCAGCCCUCCUUUUUAUCAACCACCGCCUCCCGCUUUCCCGCCUGCUCUAGAUCCCCCCUCGAGGGAGUCUCCAAUGAACCAGCCGCCUCCCGAUUCAGCACCUCCCCCACAAGUUCCCCAGUCCCCCUCCUCACAGCCGCCGCCGAACCUGCCCCCUCCUGCGAGUCCUCCGCCAAGUUCCCCCCCUUUGUUGAGAGCCACCCCGCACCCCCCCCACGCGCCUUGCGACCCGAACUUCGUCGACUCGUGCAGCGGCAGCGGCAACGGCACCGCCAUCGCGAUUACAAUCUCGACGCGCGGGCGAAACGUGGAUCUCCUGGAGGGGGGGUCCAUCACGCCCGCAUUCAAGACCCCCGUUGCGGUCACGACGCUCGACUACGGAAGCACCCUCCCGGCAGUUUUUGCGGACGUCGUAUCGGCGCUUUUUCUAACGCAAACCCCAGCACACGGUUCCGGUUCCGCCCUGUUUUUCGCGCCGGACUCCGGCACGCUGGCGUUUCCGGUGUCCGGCCCGGCGCCCAGCGGAUCGGUUUACAUAAACGCGGGAGCGCAGCCGAUGGGCUGCUCCGCGAGCGACGCGUGGCAAGCGGCAACUGGCGCGGCCCCGCGCGCGUGCGCAUGGCGCGCGACUCUAGCGGGCCUCUACGCGCGGACCUAUGAUGCAAUCGCCAACACGGCUGCCACGUCAGCUUUGCACCCGGAGAACGGGGGGGGGAUCUACGGCUUGUACCUCUAUAAGAAAGCGGAAAUCGUGGUACCGAGCAGUACCGUAACGGUGGAUCCCCCCAACGCGCCAGCAUUCAGGGGGUAG